CUUUCAUGAAAAGCGGCAGCUUACGGUUGUUAAAGUUCGUUUUGUGUGGAAAGGAUAUAAAAGCGAGAAUUUAGUAAGGAAUUAGAUCAAGAUGGUUGGUGCUCAGACGUCUUCAAUCAGGCGUCACUUUCUGACGUUACUGGGUUGUCUUCUUCUCGUCUCAAGUGUUUCUGCGCAAAGAGGUUGCCAGUUCCGCCCAGGAGUGCAGGGAAUAUGCAGAGAAAUAACUCAGUGCCCGAUCGUUCUCGAAAACCUCAGGAACCGGGUCUCCUUCCCCAUCCUGUGCGGCGGUUUCAAUAGAAGGAACCCCAUUGUCUGCUGUCCAUCAGAUGGUGUAACAGUGACUCCCCAGCCACAAACUGACAUAUCGGAACCUUCCCCACCUGUUGAAUGCGGGGUUCCAGUUCCUGUGAUUGGUGACGUGCGCAUUCAGGCAUCAAGAGAUCAGGCAAUCCAGCGCAUCAGUGAGGCCCAAGCAGCGAAGGUCGAAGGAUUCCAAAGUGAUGUACAACCUCUGGUCGUUGGUGGGAUACCUUCGUUCCGCUCCUCUUGGCCGUGGAUGGCGUUACUUGGCUUUGAAGACAGUGCAGGAAAGAAGGACUGGUUCUGCGCAGGCUCUCUGAUCAACAGCCAGUGGAUUCUGACGGCUGCUCACUGCUUCAAUACUGCCACAGUGAAUAUCGUCCGCCUGGGUGAACACGAUUAUGAAGACCCGAAUGAUGGGGCCAAUCAUGUUGACUUCACUGUGGGCAGUCCAGUGGUCUUCCCAAAUUACACCUCUUCUCAGGCCUACCAUGACCUUGCUCUCUUGAAGCUUAACCGCCCAGUUGGAUUCACGAGUUCCAUUCGUCCUGUGUGUCUGCCUUGGGGUGCAGAGACUAACAGAAAUUUGGAGACCCAGAAAGUGACCUUGACAGGAUGGGGUCGCACACAAUUCCAGGGCGCCAGAAGCUCGUCCCUGCUGGAGGUAGAGGUGACGGUGUUCCCCACGAGCCAAUGCGACAGAAGCUACCAAACUCUGGCCGAAUAUGCCUCGACCUGGCCUCGUGGAAUUGGCUCCGAGUCCAUCUGCUCUGGAGACGUCAAUGGAGGCAAGGAUGCUUGUCAGGGCGAUUCAGGUGGGCCAAUCGUUUCCAAGGAUUCAAGAAAUCGUUAUACCCUGGCUGGUGUCGUCUCUCUAGGGUAUGGCUGUGGUGACAGAGACUACCCGGGCCUUUAUGCCAAUGCCCGCAGACCAGAGUAUUUAGCCUGGAUCAAGAAGGUCGCGUUCUAAAGGUUAAUGAUCUUUGGACUAAACUACUACUACUACUAGCAUAGAUAUCUGCGUAGUCAUACUAUACUAUUUUUUUAAAUAAAGUUCAUGGCAGUGUGAACCUUUAUCUUCUGAAGCUCGGAGUUAGUGUGCGUGAUUUGAUAGUGUUUUAUUUAAAUAUGACCAGUUUACCGAUGCGUAAACUUCACUGUAUUCCAGAUCAUAUCGGAUCUUCCUUGAUUUUGUUUUUCAUAAGAAAUACAGGUUCACAUUGUUUAUUAUCCACGAAUUUAAUGUCUUGUCAUUGUCUUCAAACCUACAAUAGUCGUCCAAGAAACCGUUUGAUAUUCGCGCUGUGACAUUUAAGCGACCAACUUUACCCACCAUAGAAGCCUGGUUAUAGUCGUUAGAGGAUUAGAAGUGAGAAAUUUGAGUAAGAAAUAAUAUUUGUAUUACUUGUUUAUAUCCUGUGUUGCUCUGGAGGCUUAUGGAGCCUUAUUAAACGAUUCAUUUAAUAUAAAAUGCCCUAUAGCUGCGAUAUUACCGUAGUUUUUGUAACAUAA